UGUCUCUCGUCUUUGGGUUGCCCGGCCCAGUCGCUUCGACGACUCCAAACAACACCAAUGAAAAAAAAAUAAAAUUUUUUUGGAGAUGUCACCACAAGCAGAGUCCCACCACAGGCCUCGUACAGCUACCGUCGACCUUUGUUCACCACAUACUUCUGUAGUUUUCCCUUUUCCUUCCAAUCCAACCAAAAUCCAUUUCGAAGGCCAAAAAACGAUCAAGAAGAAGAAGAAUAAGGAACAAUGAUUGUGACGAUGAGGAGCCAAAGAUGAAGAAGACUACGGGGAAGAGCUUGUUAUGCCUCUCUCAUGGCAUGUCAUUCUGCCUUCUUUGCUCCUUCUCCAUCCUCUUCUUCGUUCCCCACCAAUCACAGUCCUAGUCCCUUUAGGAUUCGUAAAUUGAGCUUCUUUCCUCUCGCUUUCUCCUCCAUUAACGCCAGCACCACCAGAUCUUCUCACAACGGUCUCGUCUCAGAGGCAGUCAGGCUUCUGGGUCCUCCAGCAAGAUUCGAUGCUUCAAAGCUCAAAGUAGUGUUGGUAGGAAGGGACAAUGACUACUCAAGAAUCAUCCCUAGAACUUACAUUCUGUCUCACUGUGACUUCACUGCAAACUUAACCUUGACCAUUUCCAGUGUCAUCAACUUAAACCAGCUAAGUGGCUGGUAUAGCAAGGACGAUGUGGUUGCUGAAUGGAAGAAAUUGGAAGGGCAGUUGUGUCUGCACAUUCACUGUUAUGUCAGUGGUCCGAAUCUCACUUUCGACCUUGCUGCCGAGCUUAGAUAUCACAUUUUCGCCAAAGAAAUGCCUCUGGUACUUCAAGCUUUGUCAUAUGGCGAUGCAGAGCUCUUUCAGGCAAAUCCGGAGCUAAAUGAUGCUUUAGUUUGGGUGUAUUUCCAUUCUAGCUUGCCGAAAUACAAUCGAAUGGAAUGUUGGGGACCCCUCAAGGAUGCUGCUCAGGGAAAACAGGGAGUUGAGUACAGAGGCCUAUUAGCCGAAAACAAAGACAGUCCAAGGAAACGCCCACGGGCAAGGUCCAUUUUCCAGGCAUUGUUUGCAUUCUUACUCUGAGCAGGCGCUGCUUCACCAAAGUUCGAAUUGCAUAUAUAUAUAUAUAUAUCACACUAGAGAACUGAUCAAUCGAUGACUGUUAUCCCUUUGUAUUAGAGUGCAACAAGCCUCACAGAGGAACAACAAUCUGAUCAUUCUUUUGUAAACCGAGUUCAUUUACUGGGAAGCUUGAGAUGUUGAAAAGAAUGGAGAAGCACUUUUGAGAGAAUUUGUUCAUUUUGUUUAUCAAAUGGUUUAACGUCUCGCUGUUGCUUUUUGGUGAUUACAAGACGCCUUCCCAGAUCAAACUCUCAAAGAGUCUUUUCUUGUACAUGCAUGGGUUAUUUUCACUGCUGAUGAUCAGUUGCCCAUGGCAUAUGCUUUUGAUGUUGUGUUCUAAGCUGAAUGAUGCCAUCUUUCCACUGAUUCACCAAACAAGGAAGGUGGUUUCAGACUUUCAGUUUCUCUCAAUGCUCAAAUUCCUCAGCAGUUUGAGAACAUACUUGUCGGAUACAUAGGCAGUUGGGAUCUUGCUUUCUUUCACUCAUCAAUUGAAAUAACUACCAAUAGACUAUCGCAUACUUCCACAUUUGAUGAGUUGAGCAUGCUACCAGUUGGGAUAUUGCUGAAUCUGAGAUGCUACCAAUAGACUAUCGCAUACUUCCACAUUUGAUGAUUUUAACAGCCAGUGAGGGAGCAUGGCUAGUGGAGAAACCAUGGAUCGGUGGCAUAAUCUACUGGCAGCCAUGAUCAAAUGGAAGAUGUUGUACGUCGUUUAUCGGAGCUCGAAAACAGUACACCAAAAAUGCUGCUACUGGCCUACUACUGACUAGCUAGCCUUUCUUGCUGCCGGUAAACUGCAUGCCCAAGCCAGCAAUGUGUCAUCCAGUCUUGAACACUUGUGUACAUAAAAAUGUAUGUUGCAAUGGCUGAUCUAACAAGUGAAGUAGUAAUUAUGGUUGCAUUGCAGGUCGUAUAUUCUUUGUGUUUGAAUCCUGGUUUCAUUUUGUGCAUGAGUUUGUUCAAGUAGCUUCAGAUCACAAAUUAUCCAAGUACGGGAAGAACAAUGCAUUCACCACUUCCAAAAGAGGAUCAUCAUCCACCCAUAAAAGAUCUAGCUUUCUAAAUCACUUAACUAACGUAAACACCAAUAACAAACAAAAUGCUCAUCACUUCUCUUCAUGAUUCGGAAAUGCACAAGAUUUUUGCAUCAAGCAAACAGUAGCUCAAAACCCUAAACUCCACUCUCUUACCUGCCAAUGAUUUAGCUUCAACGUUCUGAUGUCCCAGAAAUGUAGUUGGACGAACUCUGACGGCAUUUGGAGUCGAGAGAAGGUCCACCUUUAGAUCCAGGGCUCUUCUGAACGUGCCUUCUCUUAGAAGCGCUAGGCCCUUCCCUGCUCGUAUGAGUUGAGGCUGCAGGUCCCCUUGAUGAAGUUGAGUUCUUCAGCCUACUACUUCCAGUAACACCUGAAGAAUGGUGCGAAGAAUUGUUCUUUGACGAUGUCAUCUGAUACAGCAUUUUUGACUUCUUCUCAGCAACUCUCUGCUCGAUUUCCUUUGGGUCAGGAAAGUGCACCAGGGAUACUCGGUGAGAAAUAUUCCCAACUGUUCAAUCAAAGCAAGUGCUAUCA